UAAAUUGCUCACCUUCGCUAGCUUGUUAUCCUACUCAAAAUAUUAUUGUAUUCUUUUUACAAUCCCACUAAACAACCUAUUCUGCUUGACCAAAUCAAGUUAAAGUUAAAAUCUGAUCAUGUCUGAAUUUCUAACGGAUAAGGAAGAUAAAGAGGAAGAGGAGGAUUUCCUUAAGACCUUUCCGACUUUUCGUUACAAGCUCCCGAAUUCCAGAAAUCACUUAUGGGUAUUUUGGAGCCAAGAUGAUCAUCAUGAGGUUCAACAACAACAGCAACGACUUCAAAUUAACAAUAAUACUUUAUUCUCAGCUGAUGUCCACACCCGGAGGAUGAUAUCCGAAAAGAUAAAGCAUGCCUUUUUCUGUGGUACUGUCAAUGCUUAUAGAAAACUGUCAAUAAUUCAGUUCUGGACGCCUGUAAUGACAAUCAGCGGCAGACGUCUACUUUCUACGUCCGGUCAACCUUUUGCAGUUCGCUUUCCUUCAAAAAAGCUAUCAAAAUAUAGGCUACGUUGUAUGGAGUAUCAGUAUAUUAUUAGUGAUCAGCAUAAUGAUCAUGAUGACCUUCUGAUCAUAAGUGAUGCACCUACGGCCACUUCAUUCCUAAAUCGUUUACCAGAAUUAGUCUCAUAUAAAAAUCUAAAAGGGGCGAGUCCUUUGGUGGAUUCGGCUUUGGAGUGUCACUUGAGUCAUUCUUAUAUGCUGCCUAUCUGUUUUCCUUUUCAAACCAGUACCUCUUGUUGUUGUAUUGGUGUUCUUGAGUUUUCUAUAGGAUCCAUAUUGUGGUUUAAUGAAAAUAUCAUUGCAAUGAUAACAAGAGGUCUCAAGGAAGUGGGUGUAGGUGUAUUUCAGAUACAAGAACGUAUACCUUACCAGAUAAUACCUGGUCUCAAACCUGCUAGGGAUGAAAUUGAACAAGCCUUAAAGUUUGUUUGUGGAUCAAAUAACACACCUCUUGCUCAAGUUUGGGUCGCUUUGGAGGAUGACAAUCAUGUGAAAUUUUCAUCCUAUUUACAAGGCACUCGAAAGAAACAAAAGUUAUCUCUAAAAUUGACAGGUUAUAUAGAUGAUGCAUGCUCUCAAUUGAGUUAUGGUAAAUAUUAUCGAUUAUGCGAUAUGUUUCCCUUGGAAAUGGGGGAGGAUUUUGUUGAAAAGACACUUGAAGAUUAUAAACCACGCUUCUGUAAUGAUGGUUCUAAGUUGAGUAGUGAUACGUUGGUAAAAAGACUCUUUGAUGUUGUUGGAGUGAGUAGACUUGCUAUAUGUUUUAAUAGUAUUCACACCGGAGAUUUUUGUUAUGUGUUUGAAUUCAUUUGGAAGGGUGAACGAGACUGUGAUGUUAAAUUUGUGGAGAAACUACUACUAAAAUUAAAGGAUUUAUUGCCAGGUUUCAAGCUUGCUUCUGGUGCAGAACUUGGUGAUGAAUUAGAUAUUCUAAAGGUUGGGGAUUCUAGAGCAACUGAAACCAAGUAUUUGAAGAUUUUCCAAGGAAAAAGAUUAUCGCUGAUACCUGAGGUGUUAGAAGAAGGAACAAGGAUGCCAGUACCAAUAAUAGUGGACUUCAUAGCACCCGUGGAGGCAAAAUACAAGACAACUCUUAUCCCAUUAUCACUAGAAGUGAUUGAACAACAAUUUGGAAAUACUGAGAUAGAAGCUGCAAAAAACCUUAAUGUUUCUCGAUCUACAUUGAGACGCAAGUGCAGAAAACUUGGCAUCUUGAAGUGGAAAGGACGAAAUAAGAGAAAGCUAAAUGAUCAGUACAAUACUCAAAGCGACACAAAUGAAGAGGAUACAGGCACUAUUCAGGAAUCCUUGCCCGUCAACAGAAACGAACAUACCCUAACCAUAAAAGCAGAAUGUGCAGGUGACAUGAUCAAGUUCCGUUUGCACAUCUUUCAAGCAACAUUUGAAACAGUUAUGGAGGAAAUCGGUACAAGGUUGAAGAUGAGUCCUGGGACUUAUAAAGUCAAGUACCUUGAUGAAGACAAGGAUUGGAUAUUAUUAACUUCUGAACAAGACAUAAGUGAUUGUAUCAAAACUUCUAGAAAUUCAGAUCAAACUGUUGUUCGGUUAAACGUGGAACCUUCUGCAUAAUUUAUUCUUAUGAAAUAUGUGGUACUUAGUUUGGCAUUUAGGCAGCCAUUGCUUGUUACAAACUCAAAGUAUGAUCUUAUCCUAGUCUACUAUAAUUCUUUUCUUCAA